AUGGCAGAAGAAGAGUUGCCAGGCGUUUUGAUUCUGGAUAUAGGAGGAACUCAUGGUGUGCUAGAAAACCUUGCAGCACUUUUGAAGAAACACUUUUGCCUUAUCACCAUGAAGGAAUUUCUUGAAAACAAAAAAGAAAUGAGCAAAAAAAUCCAAUCUAUUUUUGUGUUUGAGUGCAGGCCAACCAUUAACCAGGAGCUUCUAGAAAGCCUGCCUAAUUUAAAGGUAAUUGGAAACUCUGGGGUUGGAGUCGAUCACUUAGACUUGAAAAUGAUUUCUAACUUUGGCGUAAAAGUGACCAAUACCCCACAUGCUGUGGCGGACCCAACAGCAGACAUAGGAAUGGCCUUGAUGCUGGCCUCUGCCAGAAGACUAGUGGAAGGCUGCAAGAUUGCAGUUUCUCCAGACACGAAGUAUUUUGCUGUUGACUGGCUGGGAGUAGAAGUAACCAGAGCGACACUUGGGAUUGUCGGAAUGGGCAGCAUUGGGUACAAAGUGGCUCAGAGAGCCAGAGCCUUCAACAUGAGGAUCCUGUACCAUAACAGGAACCGAAGAAGAAAGGAGGAGGAAGAAGCAGUUGAUGCCCACUACUGUGAGAAGAUAGAAGACUUGCUGCAGCAAUCUGACUUUGUUAUGUUGGUUGUGAAUCUGACUCCUGAGACUCACAAACUGAUUGGGAAAAAGGAGCUGGGGCUGAUGAAACCCACAGCUACUCUUAUAAAUAUCAGUCGAGGUGCAGUUAUAGAUCAAGAUGCAUUGGUAGAAGCUCUCCAGAAUAAGGUUAUUAGAGCUGCUGCUCUGGAUGUGACAUACCCUGAGCCUCUGCCAAGAGAUCAUCCUUUAUUAAAAUUAAAUAACAUCAUCAUAACCCCUCACAUUGGAACCGCAACAGUCCAAGCUAUCCAUAUGAUGGCAGAAGAAGCAAUAGCAAAUAUGCUGGCUGUUCUCAAUGGCCAACCCAUUCCAAGUGAAGUAUUUCCCAACUGAUGUGUUCCAGAUGAUAUCACUAAAUCACAUAUAUAUGGGAAGGCACUAAUUCUUACAGUACCACUUUUAAACUAAAGAAAAAAAC